GUUGAUGAGUGAAGUAGUGACUAAGACUAGAAAGGGUACAAGACGAGGAAACCAAAGUCUGCUCUGCAACAAGGACAGACACAGAGAAGCUCCUUUUUACAACUUCAACAUUCAACAGGCUGAAAGAAAGAAAAACUCUCCUAACAGAGGGAACAAAAAAAGGAAGAGCAGGAUUUAAGGCACUGAUAAGAUCCAAGGUGGAGCUCAGCUGACCCUCCUUUAAAACAAAUAAGUAAAAAAAUAAAAGGCAUUUUUGCAAAAAUGCUGUGGAGACUGACUCUUGCCAUGGCUGUGGUGUUUGUCAGCGGCAUGUGCAACUGUGUGAAGGCGGACAUGAUGAGCAGGCUGAUCCUCCCGAGGGACUACGGUGUGAAACUGUGCGGGAGAGAGUUCAUCAGAGCAGUCAUUUUCACCUGCGGAGGCUCCCGCUGGAAACGAUCCACAGACGGCGACUUAGAUCCCUUCCAGUGGAAACCCCUCAGUGACGUUGCAGCGGAGGACAGUCAUGAAACCUGGCAACUCGGCACAGAGCUUACACCCGACGACCGCUCUCCUCUUCGCUCCUCGUACUCCCUGGCAGACCUUGUGGCUCUCCUAGGAGCCAGACAGCAUUCUCUGAGAGACCCAGAGAUGCCAGAAAAGUCUCGGCUGUCCACGGUUUUGAACGUUGAAGAGGGGUACCCAGCUGACCAAGUCGACUUGCCCAUAUCGAGCAGGAGGAAGAGGAACUUUUCUCUGGGUGUCGCAGGGAAGUGCUGCAACCAGGGCUGUACCAAAAAUGAUAUUGGACGCUUGUGCUGAGACGGGGUCUGGGGGGAGGAGAGGUUGGUGUGAUGGGCAGCAAUGGACAGUAGUGGGAAGAUGUACGGGGUUAAAGAUGUAGAGCAAGUUCACAUCUGCUGUUUAAAAGGCUGUAGUUAGCUAAUGCUACUCAUGUCUUACUGCAUAUAUCUUGUCAUAUUUUCUUUUUAUUCUUCACUUGUUUGAUAUUUUGUUAAAAAAAAAAAA